AUGACUAAAACAGUGUUGCUAAAAACGUUCAAGAGGCACGGACUUGUUCAAGUUAAUCCUAUGGGUGAAAAGUUCGAUCCCAAUUUGCAUGAGGCAGUGUUCCAAGUUCCUGCAGGAGAGGAUACGAAGGUCGGGCCUGGGCAUGUAAUGCACGUUUCAAAGGUCGGGUAUUCUUUGAAAGAUCGGCCCAUUCGAGCUGCACAGGUCGGUGUCGUUGCGGACAGCUGA